GGUACAGAGCUGUGCUCACAGGAAGCCGCAUGCCCUCAAAGACACCUGUGCUUCUCGCGCCAGCAUCACACUGCCUCUGCCUUCCCAGAGCCUCCUUAGAAAAGCAGGUGGCAGCUCGCUUGGAGCUCCGUGCUCUGCCUGUCCCCACGCUGUGGAGCCUCGUCUGAUGGGCACCCGGACACGUGGGCUUCCUUCCUUCUCCUCCCUGCGGGCACAGCUGUCCUAAAUCCAUGUGCCCUGGAGAAACAGCCUCUUCUGCUUACACCCAGACCAGCCUCGAGGAGCCUGUAGAUUUAAAAAAUGAACCCCACUGACACAGCAGACACCACCGUGGACGGAAGUAUCUAUAGCAAUUACUACCUCUAUGAAAACAGUAUGCCCGGGCCUUGUGACAAAAAAGGCGUCAAGGCUUUUGGGGAGCUCUUCCUGCCUCCUCUUUACUCCUUGGUCUUUCUGUUUGGUCUGCUUGGAAAUUCCAUGGUGGUGCUGGUCCUAUUCAAGUACAAGCGGCUCAGGUCCAUGACCGAUGUGUACCUGCUCAACCUGGCCAUCUCGGAUCUGCUCUUUGUGCUCUCACUCCCGUUCUGGGGCUACUACACUGCAGACCAGUGGGUCUUCGGGCUAGGUCUGUGCAAGAUGAUUUCAUGGACAUACCUGGUGGGCUUUUACAGCGGCAUCUUCUUCAUCGUGCUCAUGAGCAUUGACAGAUACCUGGCCAUUGUGCACGGGGUGUUUUCGAUGAGGGUGAGAACCUUUACCUAUGGGGUCGUCACCAGCUUGGCUACAUGGGCAGUGGCAGUGUUCGCCUCCCUUCCUGGCCUCCUGUUCAGCACUUGUUACACCGAGCACAACCACACCUACUGCAAAACCAGGUACUCUGUGAACUCCACCACAUGGAAGGUUCUGAGCUCUCUGGAGAUCAACAUUCUAGGACUGGUGAUCCCCUUGGGGAUCAUGCUGUUUUGCUACUCCAUGAUCAUUAGGACCUUGCAGCACUGUAAAACCAAGAAGAAGAACAAAGCGGUGAAGAUGAUCUUUGCCGUGGUGGUCCUUUUCCUGGGCUUCUGGACACCGUACAACAUCACGCUCUUCCUGAACACCCUGGUAGAGCUGGAAGUCCUUCAGAGCUGCACCUUGGAAAGGUACCUGGACUUUGCUCUCCAGGCCACAGAAACCCUGGCUUUUGUUCACUGCUGCCUGAAUCCAAUCAUCUACUUUUUUCUGGGGGAGAAAUUUCGCAAGUAUAUCGUGCAGCUCUUCAAAACCUGCAGGGGCCCUUUUGCACCCUGCCAGUACUGUGCACUCCUCCAGAUUUACUCUGCUGAUACACCCAGCUCCUCUUACACGCAGUCUACCAUGGAUCAUGAGCUCCACGAUGGUUUGUAAAGCAUGAAAGCACAGAGCACAAAGUUAAUGAGCUGCCUACAUUCAGAGCAUACUUAGAGGGUUUUAGUCAGAGGUUCCCGAGCGGGUGUCCGGAGCAAGGCUGGCUUGCACAGCCAGAUGUGGGCUUCUCACCCUGCAGUCAGCUUUUCCUCUUCUGACAGCCAAGGUGAGCCCAUAAGGAUUCACCUGGACUGAGCAGCCUUCCUCUCCCCAGGCCUGCCUGCAGGAAGAGGCAGAUCUGAAGAGAAUGCUGAACAGUGAUGAAGGUAUGGAAAACACUGAAAGAGAAAGACUGUUCCCUCUAACCUCAAUCGGGGCUCUCCAGAGGGAAAUGGACCCUGAAAUUUGUAGCUUUUGUGAAACAAUGUAGAAAACUUUGACAUGCUGUCCUAUUGUUUUUCUAAUAAUAUAUCUGAAGCAUGGCAUAUUCUGUGACGUGAGAUGUGUACAGAAACCAUGCGUGAAAUCAUGAACCUAUAUCUCAAUCCUUUUCUUGUGAAGAAUUAUUUGUUAAUUAAAGGCAAACUUUCUCUGCUGAUUACAAGUGUAAGGAUAUGAAGACAGUGUGGUCUGAUUUUCAAAUGUAAAAUAUAAGGCAUUUAAGAUCCAAACACACUUGUAGAAACUCAAACAUAAUUGCAUUUUCAUGUGGACAUGUUUUGUUUUACUUAUAAUAGGUGAAUAUUCCCUAAAAAUGAUAUACAGGGGAUUAGGAGAAUAGAGCCCUUGCCUAGCUUGUGCGAGGUCCUGGGUUUAGUCCCCAGCACCACAAAAUGAUAAUACAUAAGCUUAGAACAUAUUUAUCUAGGUCUUCUUCACAACUAUAGCCUUCAAAAUUGAAAAUAAGGUGUGCUAGUUAAGUCAGAUACCUCCCUGGUCAUUCUGAAGUGCCAUCAGUUAAGGGAAGAAUACUGAAAGUUAUUGCUGAUGUGGCAUAAAAAUGACUUACAGAUCAUAUUAUACAAGGAUUCACUUCUUUGUUACAAUACUGGCUCUAUGAGACUUGGUCCCUCCAAAACCAAAACCGUUCUUGCUAGCAAUUGAGUUAAAAUGCUUCUGUUAAGUUUACGUAUUACUGCAUGCUCCUUAGUUACAAAGAAUGUAGUUCCAGAAAAUUUACUUUAAGAAAAGUGGUUUUAAAAGAGAAAGUUAUGGGUUAGGGAGAUAGCUCAGUGGCACAGGGCAUGCCUGGCAAGCACAAGGU